ACGUAACGUUAUUGACGUGACGUCGUUACCUAGUGAUGUACUGGCUUGACACAAGGAUUGUAUAUAUUUUUUGGAUCGUUAAUAAAUGCUCAUACCAAAAGCGGGUAUUUGGCUUAAUAUUGUUCCAACUAUCGGGGAAAUAGUAAAUAACGGAUUUCCCAUUAUAGGGGAUAAUUCUCAGUAAACAGCAAAAUACGGAAAUUCCCAUUAUCGGGGAAACUUCUUAACAUUUGGUAGCAGAGCGAGGUUUCAAAAUUGAAUCAGCGAUGGAUCCAGUUGAAUAUUUAAAGACAGAGAUUUUGGUGAAGAGGGAAAAAACAAGACUGAAAACUAAUUUUACCAGAGCACGGAAAAAUAUAGUGUCACAUUUGGAGGGAAAUGCAUCUAGUGCAACAGUGAAAGACGCUUGCAAGCAAUUGUAUUUGGCGAUGGACGAAGUGGUUAAAGGGCUUGAUAGUUUAUCCAAUAUGUACAUGGAAGGAGAUGAACUUGAAAAAAGUAAAAUAGUAAUUGCGGAAAUGGAGAAGAUAGAACUUGAAUAUGGAAAAACAACGGAGGAUGCCUGUGCCUAUUGUUGUGCCGGUGCCCGGCCUACAAAACGCGCACAUACCUCGUGACUGGGAACCAGCGACAAAUCGGUAUAGUGCAUGCUGGGCAGCACGAGAUAGUACGUUCUCUUGUGCACGGUACGUUGAUGUGAGUAGAUGUGUUUAUGUGCCUAUGUCCCAAUGUGAGUAUUGUGUGUGAAAAUGUGAGCCUGUAUACCUUAUAUGGUAUUUUAUUGUAUAUGUGUGUCUGUAACUGUGAACCUGUGCGUGUAACCCUGAGUACGUAAGUAUUUCCAGGAGGUUUAGCCUGUGUAUGUUAGCCAGUGUCUAGCUGUGAGCUUGUGUGCAUUGUAUUAUAUUGUAUUUUAUGUGUGUUCAACACGUAUUUACCUGGAAGGCCAUUCCCAGAAGAUAUAAGUGAGUCCGUGACUAUGUAUGUGAGUCUGUGAGUUGUGUUUGCCAGUGAUUGUGUAAAUGAACACAUAUUUCUCUGGAGGGCCAUUCCCAGAAGGUAUAAGUUCCAUUCUGUGACGUGCAACCGACGAGCCGACAAGACGAGCCGACGAGUUCCCUCGAAGACGACGAGGACGAUUUGUGCCAUCAUGACGUGGAUUCCAGUAGAUGCCCAUUUGUGGUAUACUGCAGACGUUGCGCAGAAAGAGAGGUCGGACGAAAACUGGCCGGCAUGCAGACCUAACUUUGAGGUUUUAGGUCAAGGUGCUUACGCGAGGGGCACUAUUACUUCAUUUGUAGCGCCGGUACGAUUCCUUCGCUGUGUGGCGUCGUCCCAAAAGGAGAAAAGUGGGAGGAGUGUUGUGCCGGUGCCCGGCCUACAAAACGCGCACAUACCUCGUGACUGGGAACCAGCGACAAAUCGGUAUAGUGCAUGCUGGGCAGCACGAGAUAGUACGUUCUCUUGUGCACGGGACGUUGAUGUGAGUAGAUGUGUUUAUGUGCCUAUGUCCCAAUGUAAGUAUUGUGUGUGAAAUUGUGAGCCUGUAUAUCUUAUAUGUUAUUUUAUUGUAUAUGUGUGUCUGUAACUGUGAACCUGUGUGUGUAACCCUGAGUACGUAAGUAUUUUCAGGAGGUUUAGCCUGUGUAUGUUAGCCAGUAACUAGCUGUGAGCUUGUGUGUAUUGUAUUAUAUUGUAUUUUAUGUGUGUUCAACACCUAUUUACCUGGAAGGCCAUUCCCAGAAGAUAUAAGUGAGUCCGUGACUAUGUAUGUGAGUCUGUGAGUUGUGUUUGCCUGUGAUUGUGUCAAUGAACACAUAUUUCUCUGGAGGGCCAUUCCCAGAAGGUAUAAGUUCCAUUCUGUGACGUGCAACCGACGAGCCGACAAGACGAACCGACGAGUUCCCUCGAAGACGACGAAGACGAUUUGUGCCAUCUUGACGUGGAUUCCAGUAGAUGCCCAUGUGAGAAGUCUAGUAUAUUAUCUUUGCUAGCGGUUGUGAUAAUUGUAUUAAAACCCACGGAUAGCUAACCGGGUGAAAACAUUACACUAUAUAGACGAUCUACGCAGUGAAACAGCAAGUCAAGUAAGCAAAGCAUUGUCGCGUGACACGGUGAAUAAACUUUAUAUUUCUAAAGACCGGCCGGUUUCACAUAAUACUGUGCGACAAAAUGACAAUUUUCCAGGUAUGUGGAGUAAUCGGGCCGGGUUCGAUGCGCAAAACGAUUGUGGGCGUGACGCACCUCAUGCAUCUAACAUCAAACAUGAAUUUGAAGAAGGCAACGCUAUGAGUUUAGGCAUCGAUCCUACAUUAGGACAACAUCUUUGGAGGCAACUCAAACGUGUGGAAAUUCCAGUGUUCGAUGGGAAUAAGCGAGUCUACCAAUCAUGGAAAGCAGCAUUCCUUGCUUGUAUUGACAGAGCGCCAGCCACAGCAGAGUACAAACUUCUUCAGCUUAGACAGUACUUAUCUGGCGAAGCGUUAAAAGUAAUUGAAAAUCUUGGGCACUCGGCGUUUGCAUACGAAGCGGGAAAAGAUCGACUUGAAAGGAAAUUUGGGGGUAGGCGUCGACAGAUAGCUAUUUACCUAGGAGAACUUGAACACUUCGAAAACGUCCGACUUGGCAACGCAAAGGACCUAUAACAAUUUGCCGAUCUAUUAGACGUAGCAAUUAUUAAUUUGCAGGAAGCGGAUCAACACCACGAACUUGGAAUUGGCUCAUUAUAUGCAAAAUUACAAAGAAAAUUACCAGAACCGCUCUUGGCACGAUAUUAUCGUUGAGGGUGUACACAUGAGUCAGUAUUGUCGCUACGGACAUGGGUUAUUCAAGAGACAGAAUUCCAAACUAUCGCGUCAGAGACCGUGCAAGGAAUGUCAGGAUAUUUGAUGUCAGAGCAUACUUCGAAAAAGACGAACUCUAACAAUCAAAGAACGUUUUUUGGUGGUUCCGAAGAAAGCGGGAAAAUAUUUAAAUGCAGAGUAUGUGACAAACAGCGUGGAGCAUGGUACUGUGACAAUUUUAAAGAAAUGAACGUUUCACAACCGUUACGGUGGGACAAAGCAAAACAACUUCAUCUUUGCUAUCGUUGCCUUGGGUUUAACCAUGUCGGAAAGUCAUGCCGUCGAAGUAGACAAUGCGAACAAAAUGGAUGUGAAGAGCUGCAUUACAGACUGUUACACAGAGAUGCGCAAAAGAGCAUGAAAUCAAACGCUGCUGACAGUCCAGUUCAAUCUCCUACGGAAGAGAAAGGGGCAACAUAUUUGUCAGCAAAAAGUCAUACCAGAUCUGAUUUAGUAGGGCUCCGAACAGUUCCGGUUAUUCACGCAAAUGGAAAUCGGUCAAUAACUGUAAACGCAUUGCUAGAUGACGGAAGUACAAAAACGUGCAUCAAUAGUGACGUAGCGGCAGAACUCGGCUGUAAAGGUAGAACGGAAAAGGUCAAGGUCAAUGUUCUGAAUGGUCAAGUCGAGACUUUUGAAACUAGACCGUUGAAUUCGAAAUAAGAAGUGUCAACGGAAGCGUAAAGAUAAAUGUAGCAGCAUAUACAGCUACCAAAGUAACAGGAGACAUGAAAGUUGUUGACUGGAACAUGUACCUAAGAAAAUGGCCACAUCUUCGUGACGUAACAUUUCCAAAAGCAACGACCAGACCUAUUGUUGACAUCUUAAUUGGACUUGAUUGUGCAGAUUUACAUUAUGCACUGGAAGAAAGAAGAGGUAGAGCAGGGGAGCCAAUAGCGCGUCUUACUCCACUUGGAUGGACAUGCAUCGGUAAUCCGUGUUCAAAUUUAACAUCGGUCCUACAAACAGAUUAUGCGCGAACAUACUUUGUAAGAGACGUAACGGAAAUCGAGAAUCUAAACCUGACUCUUAAGAGAUUUUGGGAAGUUGAAAGGGAAUCAACUGAAUCACCUGUCGUUAACAUUGACGAGCAACAAGCACUUAAAGCAGUAAAACAGUUGUGCAUAUUCGAAAAUCAGAUGUCUCGCGUCGCCAUUCCAUGGAAAAGCAACGAAACUGUUAUGCCAAACAAUUACAAAAUGGCACUGAAUAGAUUAGAGAACACAGAAAAAAGACUAAAACGAUGUCCUCAGGAAGCUAAAGCAUACAGCGAAUGCAUCGAACAAUACGUAGAAAAGGGGUACAUGUCAAAAGUUCCGGAUUCUGAAGUGUCCAAUUCAAAAUGGUUCCUACCUCAUUUUCCUGUUCUUAGGCCAGAUACAGAUACAACAAAAACCAGAAUCGUGUUUGAUGCUUGAGCAAAAUUUGAAGACUAAAUGAUAAAAUAUACCAAGGCCCAAAGCUACAGCACGAUCUGUUUGACGUGUUGCUAAGAUUCAGAAGGAAUCCCGUUGCAGUAGUUUGCAACAUAAGCGAGAUGUAUCUCAGAAUAGGCAUCGAUCACGCGGACAAGCCAUAUCACAGAUUUCUAUGGAGGGGAAUGAAUCAGAACCGUAGUCCCGAUAUCUACGAAUUUGAUAGAGUCGUGUUCGGUGUAAAUUCAUCACCAUUCCAAGCACAGUAUGUCUUACAGCAACACGCACGGGAAAAUCUGAGCGCGUUUCCAUUAGCUGCUGAAACCAUUCUCAAGUCAACAUACAUGGAUGAUUCAAUGGAUUCCGUGGUCAACGUGCAACAUGGGAACAAGCUAUACAACGAGCUAUCGAGUAUGUUGACGCGCGCCGGUAUGCAUGCGAGAAAACGGCUUUCAAACUCGACCGAGGUUCUAAAAGAGAUACCUAUUGCUGACCGGAAAUCAGAGGUAGAUUUGGAUGACGAACAGUUACCGUCUGCAGAAACGCUUGGUGUGUGGUGGAUAGCAGAACAAGACAUGUUUACAUUCAAAGAAAAUACACCCGAAGAAGGAAUGAAGUACACGAAACGCAACUUCUUAAAAAGGAUCGCGACGUUGUUUGAUCCAAUUGGUUUACCAGCGCCUUUUACCAUUCGGGCAAAAAUGUUGCUUCAAGAUAUGUGGACAGCCGGAUUGACGUGGGAUGAAAAUAUGGAUGAGGAGCUGACCAAUUCAGCACGAGAGUGGUUUGAAGAACUGAGAGAAUUGAGAAGCAUAUCCAUUCCAAGGUGUCUGCGGGCAAAAGACAAAAUAUUGGAAGCCCUUUCUUUGCACACUUUCGUCGAUGCAUCAGAAAGCGCAUAUGGAGCAGUUGUAUUUGCAAGGUGUACAUAUGAGGACGGUUCUGUUUCUACAAGUCUUAUAUCUGCAAAAACAACAGUUGCACCAAACAUGUCUACAAGCAUACCUCGACUCGAACUAAUGGGAACUGUCAUCGGAAUGCGGCUAGCAAAACGAAUUUGCAACGUUUUAGAGUUUAAGCUGAGCACAGUUACAUUCUGGUCAGAUAGUGUCAAUGUUUUGUGGUGGAUAAGAGGUUGUAGUCGACAAUUUAAGCCGUUUGUUGCAAAUAGAGUUGGUGAAAUUCAAAGCGACAGCAAUCCAGAACAAUGGAGAUAUGUUCUAAGCUGUGAAAACCCUGCAGAUCACCUGAGUAGAGGUUUAAAUGCAAAAGAGUUGAUCGAGUGCAGAAGUUGGUGGAAUGGUCCUGGGUUCCUACUGCGGUCGCCGGAUGAGUGGCCAUCGAAUAAAACAGUCAAAAGACCAACUUCAAAUACAGAGACGAAAAGACAAUGUACAAUUGAAAAAACGUUUGUAGUUGUGAAUGACUCGAAAAAUCACCAUCUAGUUGACUCACAUCGUUUCUCCACUUGGUUAAAAUUCAAGGGAGCUAUAGCAUUGAUUAACAGAUUUGUCAACAACUGUCAAAAGCCAAAAGAGGAGAGAACAUCGGGAGCACUUCGAGUAGAUGAAAUCAAGUUGGCAGAGAUUCAAGCUAUCAGACAGACACAGCAAGAGCACUUCAGCGACGAGUGGAACGCUUUGUAUAGACAGACGAACCUACCAUUAAGCAGUAAAUUAGAGUUGAAACCAAUGUUUGACGAUGAUGGCGUGAUGCGAUCUAACGGUGGACUUACCCAUGCUGGUUUUUUGUCUUAUGACGUGCGAUAUCCUAUUAUUCUUCCGAGAAAAGGCCAAAUCACUAACAAUGAUCAAACAAUGAUCAAAUCUGCCAAAAGAGCCAUCAACGCCAUAUUGGGAAACGCAGAUGUCAACGACGAAGAGCUGAUGACAGCAAUUGUUGGAGCCGAGGGCCUUAUAAACUCUCGACCAUUGACUUACCAAUCUUCGAAUUCCUCAGACGACAUUCCACUAACACCAAAUAAUUUUCUGCACGGUCAAAUGGGAGGCGAAUUCGCACCAUGUACAGUAGAUGAAACACAGUUCAACAUGCGGAAACGUUGGCGGCGACAUUUCUGCGACAGUUAGUGCGACAUUUCUGGCACAGGUGGUUACGAGAAUGGUUGCCUAGCCUGAAUGCUAGACGCAAGUGGUUUCAUCCUGAGAGAGACAUCAAGAUUGGCGAAGUCGUUCUUAUCAUUACACCGGAAACGACGAGGGGAAACUGGCCAGUAGGACGGAUACUCGAGGUUUAUCCAGGACAAGACGGUCGUGUGAGGGUCGUGAAAAUCCAGGUUGGAAGCUGCACCAUGACGAGACCGGUUACAAAGAUAUGCCCGUUAGAACUGAACAAUUAAUGAAUAUCGAAAGAACAUACAAUUAUUUUACGUACACAAUGUAUUAUUUCAUUUUUUUUACAAUAUGUAUCAAAAUGUACUGUAUUUUGAUGGAGGGGAAAAAUGGACAUUAUAUUUUAACGUUUUAUUUGUACCGGAUUGGUUCCGUGACGUAACGUCUAUUUGUGACGUAACGUUAUAAACGUGACGUCGUUACCUAGUGAUGUACUGGCUUGACACAAGGAUUGUAUAUAUAUUUUGGAUCGUUA